AUGAGUCAAAAGAUCGAUAUAGAACAAAAUGUUGCGGUGAUGAAAGAACCACUGAUGAUACACAAGAACCGGCAAAAGAUUAAUGAGAAGGAAGAGGAUGGAUCAGAAGGACAAGAUGAGACUAUAAAAACGAUUGCAGGAGAACUAGACAUUGUGCAAAAGGAAGAACUGUCGACGUCAUAA